GGUAUUGUUGUUUUUGUUUUCCACUUGGAAGGUUGUGCGCGCGGACGUUUCUCCGUCGAAAAUUGUUAAAAAAAAUAUUAAGCGAAGUCUCAAGUGAAGUGAAUGUGUGGAAAAUAAGUAAUAAGAGUGAAAAACAAGAAAUUUUCAAAUAAAAAGAAGGAAUCACCCAGCCAAAAACAAUUAGCAGUAAUAAAAAGACAACGCGCAGUGACAAAUUAAAACAUUUAAGCAACAGCAACCAAAGGAAAAAGUACGCAAAGCAGAAAUAAAAGACAAAAAGAAAGAAAAGUAAAGCAAAAAUAAAAAACUAAAAAUACUUUCAAUAAGCUUACAAAAUGUGGAACCAAACGGCAGAUGCAAAAGCAACAAGUGAUAAUAAACAGGAAGAAGCAGCUGCAGCAGCACCACCAGCAGCGGCAGCAGCGACGGAUUGUAGCUGUGCAGCCGCCGCCACUAGCAGCAGUGGCCGUAGCAGUGUUGAGCAAUACGGCACAGUAAUUCAUAACAGUAAAACGCCAAAUUUAACGCCAUUUGGCGGCAACGACGGCGACGCCAUUAGCAAGCAACAAAAAGAAUCUUUAGCACAAAGCGAAACAAGUGAUUCUGGUUUCAUCUCUGGGCCGCAAUCAUCGCAAAUCUUUAGUGAGGAGAUUAUCAUUGAACAAGACAUCAAAACCAGUUCAACAAACGAGGCUGAGGAAAAGAGCACCAACAAACAACAGCAACAACAGCAGAAAGAAAUUUGUUCAAUUGCUCUCGAUUCGGGCCUCAUUGACGAAGAAGUAGACGAAUUCUCGGGGGAGGAGGAGGAACAGAAGGACGACAACGAAAAGAAGUCAUCAUCGGUAGUACAAUCCCCAUCCGAGGAGGCACCUAAACAACAGGAACCAGCAUCCACAUCAUCCGAACAAAUGCGCUUCAAACAUAAUGUAGACUUUGGCAUACCACAAUGGACAGUCCAAUCGAAUUUGGCCAGCAGCGGAGAUGUUCUUAACAAUUUAAGUAGCAAACAAACACCUGCAGCUGCACCAGCAACUGGAAAUGGAAAUGCCACAAACUCGAAUAGCAUUAAUAUUAUGAAUGCCUGGGAGCAAUUCUAUCAACAAAAUGACGAUGGCGACACGCCUUUGCAUUUGGCAUGCAUAUCGGGAUAUGUGGAUGUUGUUGCUGCCCUAAUCCGUAUGGCACCACAUCCAUGCCUUUUGAAUAUACAAAACGAUGUGGCCCAAACUCCAUUGCAUUUGGCAGCCCUUACAGCACAACCGAACAUAUUGCGAAUGCUUCUAUUAGCUGGAGCCGAGCCCACAGUCCGGGAUCGUCACGGUAAUACGGCGUUGCAUCUAUCCUGCAUUGCCGGCGAGAAGCAAUGUGUACGGGCUCUAACUGAGAAAUUUGGAGCAACUGAAAUCCAUGAGGCACAUCGUCAAUAUGGACAUCGUUCGAAUGAUAAGGCAGUUAGCUCAUUAAGCUAUGCCCGACUACCCGCCGAUUUAGAGAUACGCAACUAUGAUGGUGAACGUUGCGUGCAUUUGGCUGCCGAGGGUGGACAUAUUGAUAUCCUACGCAUUUUGGUAUCCCAUGGAGCAGAUAUUAAUGCCAGGGAGGGUAAAUCAGGACGCACACCUCUUCAUAUCGCCAUCGAAUGCUGUAAUGAGGAUUUGGCUAAUUUCCUGCUUGACGAGUGCGAGAAAUUGAAUCUGGAGACGGCCACAUAUGCAGGAUUAACAGCAUAUCAGGUGGCAUGCAUACUUAACAAAUCUCGUAUGCAGAAUAUACUCGAGAAACGUGGAGCUGAGACAUUAACCCCGCCCGAUAGUGAUUAUGAUAGUAGCGAUAUUGAAGAUCUAGACGAUACGAAGAUGUACGAUCGCUUUGGCGAUCCACGUUACUUUGUUAGCUAUGGCAAUGGCAAUCCCAUGACAGUUGCUUGAAACUUGCAUCCAUUAAUUGUAUAUAAUAUACACCACAGAUAUAACUUACAUAUCUUAUAUAUAAAACUUAUUUAUAAUUUCCUUCCCGCUAUUAACAAAAACCGAAAUGCUGCCGAUCCGAACCGAUUGACGAGAUAUAUGUAUAUGUAUAUGUACUUACGCAAACCAACAACACCGAAUCGACCGACAACGAUUACAUAUUAUAAGAGAAAUGUAUUUUUGUAAUGAAAAUAAAGCGCAUUAUGGAAAAAAUCGAUGCACUAUGGCAGCAGAA